GUACUUUUGGAUGUUUUUGCAUGCAGAUGUGCAUUCUGUAAAAAACGUGGCGCAUAAUUGAGCGUUAAAUUUAAAUGCCAUGGGGAGUCUGGUUAUGAUUUUUUGAAAGAAGGUGACAGAGUUGGAAUGCAGCCAAUACUAUUACUGCUUUCUCUGUUUACUUGCUUUUUAUCUGCCAACAUAAAAGAAGGAAAAAAAGCUGGACCCUCCUCCUUUCCCUCCCUCUCUCUACCCCUUUCUUGCCCCUCUGUCUUAUCUUACAGAGAGAGAUGAUCGGAGGAGCGGAGUCUCAGUGAACAGAGCGAAGCGAUGGAGAGAUGCUCCAUCUCUCCUGUCGCACGACUGACUGCCCUCGUCUCCCUCCUCUUGGUUGCUCUGGUGACACAGCCCUCCACCUGUAAUCGUGACGACAGUGAGGGUGAGGAGCAGGUGGACGCCCUGUCAGUCCAACUGUCCGUCACAGCCCAGGUCACACCCACCCCUCUGUGGGCGGUGGUCUGGGGACCAACGCAACCUCUGGAGGAUGAGACCUACCACUUCCUCUCCAGCCAGGAAACUGAGCCCCUGCACCAGCACGGGAACCAGCAGGAGGUCAGCACCACCACGUUUGAGGACUGGCCUUAUCCUGAUGCAGGCGUGCAGCCCCGAGAGGAGACACCACUGGAGUCCAGGAACCAGGAGGGAGUGGAGGAUGGAGGAACAGAGGCGGAGGAGACGGAGCCUGAGGAAGUGGACCCUCAAUUCUACGUCACCGUGACCAUCUCCACCUUGCUGAUCCUGACGGCAGUUGUCAUUACAGCCAAACUCUGUUACGAUCGCAGCUGUUCCCAGCAUCCGCCCCCGCUUUCCCGUGGCGUGGCACCCCCCCUCUCCCUCGCACUCCCUCGUUCCCUCGCUUCGGAGGACAGCCGGCAGACGCUGCACAGCACCUCCUCCUCCUUCACCGACAGGGAGAGGAUCCCAGUCGUGAACCUCUGAGGUGACUGUUUCUCCAUAUGGUAAACAUUUCUACGGGGCCUGAGGAGGAGCAUCAAUGUGACCAGAGGGUGUGCCCGCAGCGCAUUUUAUUUUUUGUCUGAAACUGUGAAAUGAAUUCAGGGAUCCCAGGUAUCCAGCCAUCACAAAACAUCCCCGGCUUCCCUGAGGUCUAAAAAACCCAAACUCAUCUCCCUGCUGCUCACUCGCUCUUUCCAUCCUUCCUUAAUUCCUUCUUUCCUUCCUCUGUGCUCGGUGUAAAUUUCUUUCAUGUGGCUCUGCGUCACUGUAACCUGCUCCUUGUUUUCCAUCCUCCCUGUAUGGCCCCGAGCACUGCCAAGCUACCCAACCACACUGUGUGCUUCAACCUGCCAUGACUAAUUCACAAACAAACAGUUUAACAGCCAUGCAACAUCCCAUUACCCCUGAAAUGCCCUACCUGUGCUUCCACAACUGUUUCCAGUGAUCCA